AUGCAGCUCUACAGCAGCGUCUGCACCCACUUCCCCGCCGGGGGUCCGGGCCCCACGGCCGCAGCCACCGCCACCGCGCCCUCCGCAGCCACCGCCGCCGCCUUCAAGGUCUCCCUGCAGCCGUCCGGGCCCGCCAGCGCAGCCCCGGAACCCGAGACCGGAGAGGACCGACCCGGAGCGCCCGCCGAGCCCCGGGAAGCCGCCGCCACCGCCGCGAUGCCUGCUUACUCCUCGUGCUUCGAGGUGGUGCCCGGCACCGCCACCGCCGCCGCCGCCCCGGCUGCCCCGGCCGCGUCCUCCUCCUGCAAGCCGCCGCGGCCACCGCCGCACUACACGUCCACGGCGCAGAUCACCGUGCGCGCCCUGGGCGCAGACCGCCUCCUGCUGCACGGGCCCGAGCCGGCACCCCCGGCCACCCCGCGUGCCCGCUGCCUGCUGCUGACCCCCUCGCCGCCACCACCACCACCACCGCCACCCGCCGCCGCCGUGCCCAGCCCACCGCGCCGCGGCUCCUCGGCCUGGCUGCUGGACGAGCUGCUGCGGCCCGAGCCCGACGGCCCGGACAGGAACUUCCGACGGAGCGAGCACCAGCAGGCCCUGGCCGCCGCCGCCGCCUCCAAGCCCCGGGGCCCCGCGCCGCUGUCCCUGGGCAGCUCCGAGUCCGGCUCCGGUGUCUGGAGCAGCGGCCAGGAGCCACGGGCUCCCGGGGAGCAGCCCUCGAGCCCAGACGCAGUGGAUCCGGAGCCCCAUGCGGCCCAUGCUACUACGGCUGCUGCGGGCAGCGAAGAGGCCGAGACGCUGGUGGUGGUGUCCAGGGCGGACCCCCGAGACGAGAAGCUGGCCCUGUACCUGGCGGAGGUGGAGAAGCAGGACAAGUACCUGCGGCAGAGGAACAAGUUCCGCUUCCACAUCAUCCCCGACGGAAACUGCCUGUACCGUGCGGUGAGCAAGGCCGUGUACGGCGACCAGGGCCUGCACCGCGAGCUGCGCGAGCAGACGGUGCACUACAUCGCCGACCACCUGGACCACUUCGGACCGCUCAUCGAGGGCGACGUGGGCGAGUUCAUCGUGGCCGCGGCGCAGGACGGCGCGUGGGCCGGCUACCCGGAGCUGCUGGCCAUGGGCCGCAUGCUCAACGUCAACAUCCACCUGACGACGGGGGGCCGGUGGGAGAGCCCCACGGUGUCCACCAUGAUCCACUACCUGGGGCCCGAGGACGCCCUGCGGCCCAGCAUCUGGCUCAGCUGGCUCAGCAACGGACACUACGACGCCGUCUUCGACCACUGCUACCCCAACCCGGAGUACGAGCACUGGUGCCGGCAGACUCAGGUGCAGCGGAAACGCGACGAAGAACUGGCCAAGUCCAUGGCCGUGUCCCUAUCCAAAAUGUAUAUUAAACAAAACGCAUGCUCUUGAAGUGUCUGCGGCCGCUUGACACGCCCAGGGAGAGGGGCCGGCUGGGGACUCUGAUCAGGGUAAUGGCACUUUAAAAAUUUUUUUUUGUUUUUCCUAAGUAGAUUCCCCGUAGGUGUCCUGCCUUAAUUUUUUUCCCCCUUUUUUUGAAUGUCUGUUCUUCCACGCGGGAAGGUCGCGGAGCACAAGAAGUGUUCCGGCUUUGGCGAUCCGACUGCUGUUUAUAAUGUGCCGUUUGUUGUAAAGCACUCCCUUGCAUUUGCAAGCUGAUUGAUCCUAGUGUAAAUUUUGUUCAUUCCUGGUGGUCUAUUUUAUAUAUAUAUAUAAUUGUAUUUUUGCACAGAAUUUUUAAAAUACAACUGACGCAGCCGCGUCUGAGAUGUGCUCCGUUUUGGAUAGAAUGCUUUCCAAAGGAAGAAGAAAUACUUUCUAUGAAGUUUAUUCUCCGGGACAGACUUUGGCGUUGGUUGGAACGUCACGAUUCUGUGUGACGUUUCUCCGUGUAUCCGUGUGGUGAGCGAGGAUCGGCCCAUUCCACGAUGAGGAAACAGAUGUGUUGUUCGUGGCAAUCAUUAUUUUUCUAGAACUGGUCAAUCUUUUUUUAAGAGAGAGAAGUACUUGGGGUCGAGGGGAGGGGGUGGGGAGAUUGGCUUUUCUACCGGGUGUUACUUGAAAGUUUGAUGUUUGCUCUGAGUACCUCGGCAUGGAUUCUGUCCUGUGGCUGUUUUUGGAGCGCGUUGUCUGAUCGGUUGCUUUAUUUACAAUCGUGGUCAUUUUGUUACCCAAGGAAUUUCACUCCUGGAUUAUUGUGACCGGAUAAACCUUCCUGCUUUAUCGCUUCUGUCUUAAGAGAGAGAUGGGAAGGAAAAUGAGAGUUUGGAAAGCAUAUAGCUGGAACCAACUGUGGCAGGAAUUUACUUUUCAAGCGGGAAAAUGCUGUCCGUCUUCAUGUUGCGUGUUCAAAAAGCAAAAUAGGAUUUCCCUGCGUUUUAUA